AUGAAAACGACGACUUUAAAUUCUGAUAUAUUAAACACGUUUCCUAUUAGACUUUACAAAAACUCGUCUAAAUUAACUACAAACGACGAUAAAUCUGCUGAAAUUAUCCAACAGACUACAUUAGGUGAUGGUAGUGAUAAUGUUAACGGUAUUGAAAAUAAACUUAAGUCUAAUGAUGAAAAAAUUGAAAAUCCUUCUGAUGAAAUGCUCGAUAUUGCAAUAAAUAAAGAACAACAACCUGAAUCAAUGGAUGCAAAAGAAAUCAAAGAACCAAUUGAAUCAACGGAAUCAUUAAAUCCAACAGCAAUAAAAAAAACCAAAUAG